CUAACCUCUUUAGGAAUUUAUACACUUAAUAAACAAUACCAUUUUUAAUCAAUUAUAAUAAAUUUAGAUUGUUUCCAUAAAUUUUUGUAUCUUUUAGAAGCUUCUAUUAACCAUAAAUUCCUAAUAUUUACGAUACUUUUUCGAACAUAACCUAUAAUUAAAGAAUUUCACUUUCGUUUUUUUUCGCCUUUACUUUAUAUUUUUUUUCCAAAGUUUAGUGUAAAUUUUUUUUUAGAUACGAAACGAAUGGGAAAUACUAAUGCGAAAAGGAAACAUUAUGCGCAUCGACAAUAUGCAAGUCAGUACAGCAUCAGUGACAUUAUUGGCAGACGAUGUAUUGGAACACCAGAAUUGUCCUACGAAUCCUAUCGACCUUGGUCGCGAAUUUCUCGCCGAAGCUGGAGUGAAGGAACACUUAACGAUCCUUUCAAUUCUUCGAAAACGGCUUGGCCUGUUCCUCGAUUUGAGGCAAUGUUUUUGCCCGAAUUUACAGUCAGAGAAGAACCUUUGAAAAAUGAUUACAUUUUUAUUGAUAUAAUAGCAAAAGGGGCCUAUGGUCGAGUCUAUAAAGUACAAAAAUACGGGACGAGGGAAAUUUUCGCUUUGAAGGUAAUCAGCAAAGCCAAAAUUGUCGCUGAAAAUGCUGUCUUUCAAGCCAAACAAGAGGUUGCAAUACAAAGAGCCGUGGGACAUCAUGCUUUUAUAGCUAAUUCUCCUUGUCAGUGGCAAGGCAGAAAAACCUUGUACAUAUUAACACAAUUUGUAGGCUGUGGUGAGCUCUUUUCAUUAAUUGAAGAAUAUGGUUCUUUGCCCGAAAAUGUCGUUAGAAUUUACGUCGGAGAAAUCGCUCUUGCAAUCGAUUUUUUACGCAAUGCGGGAGUUAUUCACAGAGAUAUUAAAGCGACAAAUGUCCUCUUGGAUGAGGAAGGCCACGCUGUUUUAAUCGAUUUUGGUUUGGCGAAAUGGCUUCGUCCUACUCAUAGAACAGGAACAUUUUGUGGAACAUUAGAAUACAUGGCUCCUGAAAUUUUGAAACGAGAAUAUUAUGGACAUGAAGUAGAUUGGUGGUCUCUGGGAGUCUUGGCCUGUUUCCUGUUUCUCAACGAAAUUUUAAGCUUCAAAACCAACAACUGGACAACCAACAAAAUAGGAAUUUUUCGAAAAAGGGAAAAAGAAGCUUGUCAAAUUGAAGUUGGCAAUCUCAAAGUGACACUAACCUAAAACUGGAGCAGGCUCGACUUCAGAUUGCCAUACAAAUUUAAUGUUUCAGUUAAAACAAAUAGACAAAAUUACUCUAGAGAUA